CGGUAGCGGCCACUGUAGAGUAGGCAUGGCAGAUUAUUCAACAGUGCCUCCACCCUCCUCUGGCUCAGCUGGUGGUGGAGGCGGCGGCGGUGGUGGUGGAGGAGUUAACGAUGCUUUCAAAGAUGCGCUGCAGAGAGCCCGACAGAAGAUGAAUGAGGCACAAAAUGCUUAAGAAAAUUUGGCAAGGACACAAAGCAGUAAAACCAGAAUUACCACUGACCCCAAAUCACGGUUGGACCCCAAAGCCUAAGGAAGCAUGUAGACUGAAAAUUAGGAGAUAGUCAUUUUGGGCAUUUAGAUUGCAGCAAAAAUUGGAGGUGAUGCUGGUACAUCACUGAAUUCAAAUGACUAUGGUUAUGGGGGACAGAAAAGACCUUUGGAAGAUGGAGAUGGCUCUUGGACAAGUCCGAGCAGUACAACACACUGGGAGGGAAUGCCCUCUCCUUUUAAAGAUCAGCCAGAUGCUAAGAAAGUUGCUCCUCAAAAUGACUCUUUCGGAACACAGUUACCACCGAUGCAUCAGCAGCAAAGCAGGUCUGUAAUGACAGAAGAAUACAAAGUUCCAGAUGGGAUGGUUGGAUUUAUAAUUGGCAGAGGAGGUGAACAGAUCUCACGCAUACAACAGGAAUCUGGAUGCAAAAUACAGAUAGCUCCUGACAGUGGUGGCCUUCCAGAAAGGUCUUGUAUGUUAACUGGAACCCCUGAGUCUGUCCAAUCAGCAAAACGGUUACUGGACCAGAUUGUUGAAAAAGGAAGACCAGCCCCUGGCUUCCAUCAUGGUGAUGGGCCAGGAAAUGCGGUUCAAGAAAUCAUGAUUCCAGCUAGCAAAGCAGGAUUAGUCAUUGGAAAGGGGGGAGAGACUAUUAAACAACUUCAGGAACGGGCUGGAGUUAAAAUGGUUAUGAUCCAAGAUGGACCUCAGAACACUGGUGCUGACAAACCUCUUAGGAUUACAGGGGACCCAUACAAAGUUCAACAAGCCAAGGAAAUGGUGUUAGAAUUAAUUCGUGAUCAAGGUGGUUUCAGAGAAGUUCGAAAUGAGUAUGGGUCAAGAAUAGGAGGAAAUGAAGGAAUAGAUGUCCCCAUUCCAAGAUUUGCUGUUGGCAUCGUAAUAGGAAGAAAUGGAGAGAUGAUUAAAAAAAUACAAAAUGAUGCUGGUGUUCGAAUUCAGUUUAAGCCAGAUGACGGAACGACACCAGAUAGAAUAGCACAAAUAACAGGACCUCCAGACCGAUGUCAACAUGCUGCAGAAAUUAUUACAGACCUUCUCCGAAGUGUUCAGGCUGGUAAUCCUGGUGGACCUGGACCUGGUGGUCGAGGAAGAGGUAGAGGUCAAGGCAACUGGAACAUGGGACCACCUGGUGGACUACAGGAAUUUAAUUUCAUUGUACCAACUGGAAAAACUGGAUUAAUAAUAGGAAAAGGAGGUGAAACCAUAAAAAGCAUAAGCCAACAGUCUGGUGCAAGAAUAGAACUUCAGAGAAAUCCUCCACCUAAUGCAGAUCCAAAUAUGAAGUUAUUUACAAUUCGUGGCACUCCACAGCAAAUAGACUAUGCUCGGCAACUCAUAGAAGAAAAGAUUGGUGGCCCAGUAAAUCCUUUAGGGCCACCUGUACCCCAUGGGCCCCAUGGUGUCCCAGGCCCCCAUGGGCCUCCUGGGCCCCCUGGGCCUGGAACUCCAAUGGGACCAUAUAACCCUGCACCUUAUAAUCCGGGACCACCUGGCCCUGCUCCUCAUGGUCCUCCAGCCCCUUAUGCUCCCCAGGGGUGGGGAAAUGCGUAUCCACAUUGGCAGCAACAGGCCCCUCCAGAUCCAGCUAAAACAGGAACAGAUCCAAAUUCAGCAGCUUGGGCUGCUUAUUAUGCUCACUAUUAUCAACAACAAGCACAGCCACCGCCUGCAGCUCCUGCCGGUGCACCAACUACAACCCAAACCAAUGGACAAGGUAACUAUGGAGAUCAACAGAAUCCAGCUCCAGCUGGACAGGUUGAUUAUACCAAGGCUUGGGAAGAGUACUACAAGAAAAUGGGUCAACAAGGGCAGACACAAGAUUAUUCAAAGGCUUGGGAGGAAUAUUACAAGAAGCAAGGUCAAGCAGUUCCUGCCCCUACUGGUGCUCCACCAGGUGGUCAGCCAGAUUAUAGUGCAGCCUGGGCUGAGUACUAUAGACAACAAGCAGCCUACUACGCCCAGACAAGUCCCCAGGGAAUGCCACAGCAUCCUCCAGCACCUCAGUGCCUUCCCAGACCUUCCACCUUAGGUUCUGCUGCAAAAAGCAACAGGCCUCUCACCACUGUGGCCCUUCCCGCUGCAGAGCACAGGCUCCGGAUGCGCAGGCUCAGUGGCCAUGGAUCAUGGGCCCAGCUGCUCCACGGCACGCGGAAUCCUCCCAGACCGGGGCACGAACCCACGUCCCCUGCAUCGGCAGAUGGACUCUCAACCACUGCGCCACCACGGAAGCCCUCAUUUUUCAUUUCUAAUUCUAUUGAUUUGAGUCUUCUUUUUUUUCUUGAUGAAUCUGGCUAAUGGUUUAUUAAUUUUGUUUAUCUUCUCAAAGAACCAGCUUUUAGUUUUAUUGAUCUUUGCUAUUGUUUCCUUCAUUUAUUUCUGAUCUGAUCUUCAUGAUUUCUUUCCUUCUGCUAACUUUGGGGUUUUUUUCUUCUUUCUCUAAUUGCAUUAGGUGUAAGGUUAGGUUGUUUAUUUGAGAUGUUUCUUGUUUCUUAAGGUAGGAUUGUAUUGCUAUAAACUUCCCUCUUAGAACUGCUUUUGCUGCAUCCCAUAGGUUUUGGGUCGUUGGCUUUCAUUGUCAUUUGUUUCUAGGUAUUCUUUGAUAUCCUCUUUGAUUUUUUCAGUGAUCUCUUGGUUAUUAAGUACUGUAUUGUUUAGCCUUCAUGUGUUUGUAUUUUUUACAGAGUUUUUCCUCUAAUUGAUAUCUAGUCUCAUAGCGUGUAGUCAGAAAAGAUACUUUGUACGAUUACAGUUUUCUUAAGGCUUGAUUUGUGACCCAAGAUAUGACCUAUCCUGGAGAAUGUUCCAUGAGCACUUGAGAAGAAAGUGUAUUCUGUUGUUUUUGGAUGGAAUGUCCAAUAAAUAUCAAUUAAGUCCAUCUUGUUUAAUGUAUCAUUUAAAGCUUGUGUUUUCUUAUUUAUUUUCUUUUUGGAUGAUCUGUCCAUUGGUGAAAGUGGGGUGUUAAAGUCCCCUACUAUGAUUGUGUUACUGUUGAUUUCCCCUUUUAUGGCUGUUAGCCUUUGCCUUAUGUAGUGAGGUGCUCCUAUGUUGGGUGCAUAAAUAUUUACAAUUGUUAUAUCUUCUUCUUGGAUUGAUCCCUUGAUCAUUAUGUAGUGUCCUUCACUGUCUCUUGUAAUAGUCUUUAUUUUAAAGUUUAUUUUGUCUGAUAUGAGAAUUGCUACUCCAGCUUCCUUUUGAUUUACAUUUGCAUGGAAUAUCUUUUUCCAUCCCCUAACUUUCAGUCUGUAUGUGUCCUUAGGUCUGAAGUGGGUCUCUUGUUGACAGCAUAUAUACGGGUCUUGUUUUUGUAUCCAUUUAGCCAGUCUGAGUCUUUUGGUUGGCACAUUUAAUCCAUUUACAUUUAAGGUAAUUAUCGAUAUGUAUGUUCCUAUUACCAUUUUCUUAAUUGUUUGGGGUUUGUUAUUGUAUUAUCUUUUCCUUCUCUUGUGUUUCCUGCCUUCAGUGCACCUGAAGUUUCUUUGAGGUGCACUAUUAAUGAGCAGUAAUAUUUUAAAGGAAUCAUUUUUUCUGAGCAGUAGGUCUUAACAGUGGGCUUUAAAUAUUCAGUAAACCAGGUUGUGAAUAGAUUGCUAUAUCUAGGUUCUCUGUUCCAUUUAUAGAGCACUGGCAAAGUAGAUUUAGCAGAAUUCUCAAGGACCCUAGGAUUUUCAGAAUGGUAAAUAAGCAUUGGCUUCAACUUAAAGUCACCAGCUAUGUUUUAUCCUAUAACAAGAGAGUCAGCCUGUCUUUUGAAGCUUUGAAGCCAAACAUUGACUUCUCCUCUCUAGCUAAAAAAGUCCUAGAUGGCAUCUUCUUCCAAUACAAGCCUGUUUGUCUACAUUGAAAAUCUAUUGUUUAGUGUAGCCACCUUCAUUUUGAUUAUCUUAGAUCUUCUGAAUAACUUCUGCAGCCUCUACAACAGCACUUGCUGUUUCAUCUUGCACUUUUUUGUUACAGAGAUGGCUUCUUUCCUUAAACUUCAAGAAGCAACCUCUGGUAGCUUCAGACUUUUCUUCUGCAGCUUCCUCAUCUCUCAGUCUUCAUAGAAUUGAAGAGAGUUAGGGCCUUGCUCUGGAGUAGGCUUUGGCUUAAGGGAAUGUUGUGGCUUAUGUGACCUUCUAUCCAGACCACUAAAACUUUUUCCACAUCGACAGUAAGGCUGUUCCACUUUCUUAUCAUUUGUGUGUUCACUGGAGUAGCACUUUUAAUUUCCUUCAAAAACUUUUCCUUUGCAUUCACAUCUUGGCUAAUGGUUUGGCCCAAGAGGCCUAGAUUUUGGCCUAUCUAUCUCAGCUUUCGACGUUCCUUCCUCACUAAGCUUAAUCUUGCUAGCUUUAUUUAAAGUGAGACAAAUCGCUUCUUGGCCAAGUGUAAAGUGAGAGAUGUGCGACUCUUACCUUCACUUAAACACUCAGAGACCAUUAAUUGGCCUAAUUUCAAUACUAUUGUGUAAGGGAACAGGUAGGCCCAAAGAGAGGGAAAGAGAUGGGCAAACAGCCGGUCAGUGAAGCAGUCAGAACAUACACACUUAUCGAUUAAGUUUACCAUCUUAUAUGGGAGCAGUUUGUGGUGCCCCCAAACAGCUACAAUAGUAACAAUGAAGAUCACUGAUCACAGAUCACCAUAACAAAUAUAAUAAUAAUGAAAAAGUUUGAAAUAUUGAGAGCAUUACCAAAAUGUGACACAGAGACACAAAGUGAGCAAAUGCAGUUGGAAAAAUGGUGGCAACAGACUUGCUCCAUGCAGGGUUGCCACAGACCUUCAAUUUGUAAAAAGUGCAGUACCUGCAAAGUGCAAUAAAGUGAAGCACAAUGAAAUGCAGUAUGCCUGUAAAAUUAUUCAAAGAGUUGCCAAACUGAUGUUCCUAUUAGCAUCCAUGGUACUCUUAUAGUUUUUUCUUAUUUUGAUUACCAGUUUAAUUCUGUUUCAAGGAAAAUAAGUAUAACUGGGUAUAUUAAGUACUCUAGAGUGACAGUUCUCAAUCAUGGUGUAAUCUCACACAAUUGUGAGGUAUAUAGGAAGAAAUAUUUACUUACAUACUACAGUAAUAUCUCAGUCACUUGGAAUCUUAUAUAUUUUUCAAACUAGCAAGAAGGAGUAGAGUUAUAGCAGGCUGGAAAGGUACACUCAACUAUGCUGAAACUUGUACCAAGUGCCUCAUAGGAGUGUCCUUUAUGUAAAAAUAAUAAUACUUAGAAAGUUAUUGUAAGGUAAUGCAUGUGAAAUACUGAGAUUACUAUUUGUGGAAUAAAAAUGGACACUUCUUAAA